UAAUUAAGAUGAAUAAAAAGACGACUCAUAAUCCAAUUCCAAGUGGGACAAAGACACUCCAGGACAUCUUGCCAGAGGCCCAGCACUCAGGAAGAACACCUGGGACAAGGACAUUGAAGAAAAAACUCGUUGUACGGGACGCAGCAAGCGACCGGGAAGCCCUCAACAAGAUUGAUCAAGAUAUGAACAAGCUUAAGAUAGAUGAGCUAGAUCUUGAUGAAGAGGAUGAGAGAGACUCCCUCAUCCUCAGACUUCAGGAGGUCAACGAAAAACUCAAGUUCAAGCUCAAAGAUCUAGAAGUUAUUGUAGAGAAAACUGUAGAGAAAGCCUACCUCACUGGCAAGGAGAAGGACGACGGUGAAGAUGAGUCUGUCAAGGAGAAAGACAGACAGAUUCGUGAGUACCAAGCUCAUAUUGAGGUGGCUAAGAAGAACAUCAAGAAGCUCAAAAGCAGGCUUAAUGCUCUUACGAAUAUGGACAAAAUGACACAAGCUAGUAAUGAACUCAGAGAUGUACAAAGGAAGAGGAAAGAACUGGAGGACCAAGUCAAGAUGCUCCAGAAAUACCAGAACAAAGCUUUGAAGAGUAAGGCUCAAGACACUGAGUACGAAGAACAAAUUGAUAGACUUUCAAAGGAGCUUAAUACUCUGAGAGAACACUACAAGAAGAUGGCAGUAGAGAACAAGGAAAAGGAGGCUGUUCAGAAGGAACACCACACCAGAUUUGUAGAUGCUAGAGAGAAGAAUUCCAAAUUGAAAAGGAUCUUGAUCGCUGUGAAGAACAACAAAGAUCCCUUUGCAGAUCUUCACAACCCUGAAGGAGAAGUUGAGAGCAAGAAAAAGGAAGUCGAAGCUUACGAAUCAGCUAUUAAGGCAGAAGAGAAGAGGCAUAAGCUCAAGCUUAAGAAAAUGGAGGAAGAUCGUCUCAAAGUCGAGACCGAAAUCCAGGAGCUUAAGGACCAAAUUGAAGAAGCUGAGAAGGAGAAUAAAGAGACCGCAGAUAAGAUCCGUAACAAGAAGAAGCUAGUCAUUGUCAAAAGAGAAGCAGCUGAAAAAAACAGGCUGGAAGAAAUAAGAAAAGCUGAAGAAGAAAAACAAAGACUUGAAGAGGAAGUGAGAAGAAAGAUUGAGGAAGAAAAGGAAAAAGAACUUAAAGAGAAGAGAAAACUUGAGGGAAAAGGAUCAAAUAAGGAUAGUGACAGUGAUGAAGAAAAGAAAUCAAAAGAUGUACAUUUCUAUGAUAAUAAGAAGUCUGAUGGAAGUAAAUCAAGAGACGGAAGUAAAUCAAGAGACGGAAGUAAAUCAAGAGAUGGAAGUAAAUCAAGAGAUGGAAAGAAAAAGUCUAAGAAGAAGGACUCUAAGAUGUCUAGAUCAUCUAAAAGAUCAAGAGAUAGCACUCCUGAAAAAAGAUCAAAAAGAAAAAGUAUGGGAAAUAGUCCAAUCCCAGCUUCAAAGAAAGCGAAAUAAUUUACUAAGAAUCAUUAUCC